AUCUUUUUGUAAGAACUCAGUAAAAGGUCCAUAACUCGCAAAUCUCGAGGUGAGAUUUCGAAUCCCAACCACCAAUGAGGAAUCAGAAUAAAACCCUAUAAAACGGAGAGGAGAGAGAGAGAGAGGCAAAAAGGGUAGAGGGAGAGAGAAUCUCCCGCCAUCACUCUUCCACUAAUCAACUCCCAAAUCCGAAACCCCCACUACCUCAGUCAAUCCGCUCCAACACUUUUUUUUUUGUUUCUCUCUCUAAGAUCCAGCCUGUAAUGCAGAUUCCGGUGAUCGAUCUCGCCCCCUACUUGGAAUUCUGCGGAAAACCGCCGAACACAGGCGAAGAGGAAUUCGAUUCGGAGCUGGUGAAUCUCUGCUCGGAGGUCAGCCGAACCCUAAAAGAGACCGGAGCUUUACUUGUCAAAGAUCCCCGAUGCACUGCCGAAGACAACGAUCGCUUCCUCAAUAUGAUGGAGAAGUAUUUCGAAAUGCCCGACGAUUUCAAGCGCCGACAAGAGCGCCCGCAGCUACAUUACCAGGUUGGAGUAACACCUGAAGGAGUUGAAGUACCUCGUAGUUUAGUGGAUGCACAAAUGCAAGAGAAACUAAGAGCAAUGCCGAUAGAGUUACAACCAUCCACCCCAACUGGACCAGACCCUAAGUGGCGGUAUAUGUGGAGGGUUGGUCCACGACCAUCAAAUACCCGCUUUAAGGAACUCAAUUCGGAGCCUGUCAUACCUGAGGGAUUUCCCGAGUGGAAAGAUACCAUGGAUUCAUGGGGAUACAAAAUGAUAUCUGCUAUAGAGGCUGUUGCUGAAAUGGCUGCAGUUGGAUUUGGCCUGCAGAAGGAUGCAUUCACUUCUCUUAUGAAGCAGGGACCACACCUACUUGCCCCAACAGGAAGUGAUUUAAGACGCCACAGCCAAAUAGGCACGGUGUUUGCCGGAUAUCAUUACGACCUCAACUUUCUCACAAUUCACGGCAGGAGUAGAUUCCCAGGACUUAAUAUUUGGCUAAGAGAUGGCAGAAAAAUGGAAGUCAAAGUUCCUGUGGGGUGCCUCCUCAUUCAAACAGGAAAGCAGAUAGAGUGGAUGACAGCUGGGGAGUGCAUUGCUGGCAUGCAUGAAGUCGUUGUGACUGAACGCACAACUGACGCAAUAAAAUUAGCUUCUCAGCAAAAUCGCAGUCUAUGGAGAGUAUCCUCAACGCUUUUUGCACACAUAGCAUCGGAUGCAGUGCUCAAACCUUUAGGCCACUUUACGGAUUCGCCCCUCGCAUGUAAGUACCCCUCUAUCAGUGCUGGAGAGUAUGUAGAGCGGGAACUUGCUGUUAUUAAUCUCAAAGGAAAUAAAGGAGAUGCCUCGUAAUUUAUUAACUGCAGAUAAUAUUAAUUGUUUUCGUUUAUUUUUCCAGAUUUUUUUAUUACCGUGAUUACUCUACGUUGAGUACUUUCGUUUAUUGGUGGGUUGAAAACGUAAAUGGCGUAGGCACACUAUAAAUAAUUUGUUAAUGAUGCUUCUCUGUUUAUUAUUCACCCCCCUUUCGUAACAUGGCUUUGAAUCUGUUGUGAAGUUCACAUCAUCUAUCGUGAUUUUAUAUUGCA